CGCUGGGGGCCCGCCCCGCCCCCUUCGCUGACCACGUGACCCAAGUUCGGUAACCUCUGACCUCCUCCCGCGUACCCCACCACCUCUAGAUCUAGGAUGAAGCGAGGCUGGGUGGGAGGAUGCUCAUCACGGAGACCGGUAGAGCAAGUGUUUAUUGAGGGCGUGUUAUGUGCAGACGCAGUGCCUGACAGCUGGGGAUGCAAAGCUCCAUCGGGGCCAUGUCGGAACGAGAAGAGCGGCGGUUCGUGGAGAUCCCUCGGGAGUCCGUCCGGCUCAUGGCAGAGAGCACAGGCCUGGAGCUGAGCGAUGAGGUGGCGGCCCUGCUCGCGGAGGACGUGUGCUACCGUCUCAGAGAGGCCACCCAGAAUAGCUCUCAAUUCAUGAAACACACCAAACGGCGGAAGCUGACUGUCGAGGAUUUCAACAGGGCCCUCAGAUGGAGCAGCGUGGAGGCUGUGUGUGGUUAUGGGUCCCAGGAGGCGCUGCCCCUGCGCCCUGCCAGGGAGGGUGAGCUCUACUUCCCCGAGGACCGAGAGGUGAACCUGGUGGAGCUGGCCCUGGCCACCAACAUCCCCAAAGGCUGCGCCGAGACAGCUGUGAGAGUUCAUGUCUCCUACCUAGAUGGCAAAGGGAACCUGGCCCCUCAAGGAUCGGUGCCCAGCGCUGUGUCUUCACUGACUGAUGACCUUCUCAAGUACUACCAGCAAGUGACUCGGGCUGUGCUGGGGGAUGAUCCACAGCUGAUGAAGGUUGCUCUCCAGGACUUGCAGACCAACUCGAAGAUUGCAGCGCUCCUGCCGUACUUUGUUUAUGUGGUCAGUGGGGUGAAAUCUGUAAGCCACGACCUGGAGCAGCUACACCGGCUCUUGCAAGUGGCACGGAGCCUAGUUCGGAACCCACACCUCUGCCUGGGGCCCUAUGUCCGCUCCCUGGUAGGCAGUGUCCUCUACUGUGUCCUGGAGCCACUGGCUGCCUCCAUCAACCCGCUGAAUGACCACUGGACUCUGCGGGAUGGGGCUGCCCUCCUGCUCAGCCACAUCUUCUGGACUCAUGGGGACCUUGUAAGUGGCCUCUAUCAGCAGAUCCUGCUCUCCCUGCAGAAGGUCUUGGCAGAUCCUGUGAGGCCUCUCUGCUCUCACUACGGGGCUGUGGUGGGGCUGCACGCCCUUGGCUGGAAGGCAGUAGAGCGAGUCCUGUACCCACACCUGUCCACUUACUGGACAAAUUUGCAGGCUGUGCUAGAUGAUUAUUCAGUAUCCAAUGCCCAGGUUAAAGCGGAUGGGCACAAAGUCUAUGGAGCCAUUCUGGUGGCCGUAGAACGACUGCUGAAGAUGAAGGCCCACGCAGCAGAGCCCAACAAGGGUGGGCCAGGCAGCAGGGGGUGCCGGCGCUCAGACGACCUGCCCUGGGACAGCCUUCUCCUGCAGGAGUCUCCCUCCGGGGGCAGCGCAGAGCCAGGCUUUGGGUCUGGUCUCCCGCUGCCGCCAGGAGGCGCGGGACCGGAGGCUCCUUCCGCUUCGGUGACCCUGGCGGACAUCUACCGGGAGCUCUACGCCUUCUUCGGUGACAGCUUGGCCACCCGCUUUGGCACGGGUCAGCCCGCGCCCACGGCCCCGCGGCCGCCUGGGGACAAGAAGGAGCCGGCGGCCGCCCCGGACUCGGUGCGGAAGAUGCCGCAGCUGACCGCCAACGCCAUGGUCAGCCCGCAGGGCGACGAGAGCCCCCGAGGCGGAGGCCCCCCGUCGGCCUCUGCGCCCGCCGCCUCUGAGAGCAGGCCGCUGCCGCGCGUGCACCGGGCGCGGGGGGCGCCCCGGCAACAGGGCCCGGGCGCCGGCACCCGCGACGUCUUCCAGAAGAGCCGUUUCGCCCCGCGCGGGGCCCCUCACUUCCGUUUCAUCAUCGCCGGGCGGCAAGCAGGGAGGCGAUGCCGCGGGCGCCUCUUCCAGACUGCCUUCCCCGCGCCGUACGGGCCCAGCCCGGCCUCUCGUUACGUGCAGAAGCUGCCCAUGAUCGGCCGCACCGGCCGCCCGGCCCGCCGCUGGGCGCUCUCGGACUACUCGCUGUACCUGCCGCUUUGAGGCGGCGCUGGCCUCUGUGAAUAAAUCCCGCGCCCGGAAGUGACGUCUCCACGCUCGUGGGUCGCGCCGGAUGAGGCGGGGCUUGGGCGGUUGGCUCCCACAGCGGCGCUUCCUGGUGGCGAGGGAGCCAUGGCUCUGCCUUGGCUGCAACGCGUCGAGCUCGUGGUCUUCGCUACCGCCUUCUUAUGCGGAGCCGUGGCGGCCGCGGCGCUGACCCGGACCCAGGGUUUCUGCAGGAGGGGAGACCAGAACUUGUGAGGCACCUCUGAAGCUCUUUGUAUUUUAUAACUACCGCCUAUUUCCUGAUCCUUCUGGCCACUCACUGCAGGGCUCCUUCAGUGGCAGCUGUCCCCUGUAUGGUGUGGCUGCCCUGAAUGGCUCCUCCCUGGCCUUGUCCCGACCCUCGGCCCCAUCUCUCUGCUACUUUGUGGCUGGGGCCUCUGGCCUGCUGGCCCUCUACUGUCUCCUGCUUCUGCUCUUCUGGGUCUACAGCAGCUGCAUCGAGGAUUGCCACAGAGGCCCGAUAGGGCUCCGCAUUGCACUGGCCAUCUCAGCUAUAGCCAUCUUCCUGGUCUUAGUGUCUGCCUGUAUCCUUCGAUUUGGCACCAGUUCCCUCUGCAAAUCCAUCCUCUCCCUGAACAUAACUAGCUGCUCUGAUGCCCAGAAAACUCCAUGGAUACCCCCUGGAACCACUCUGCAGUUUUACUCCAACCUACACAAUGCUGAAACCUCUUCUUGGGUGAAUCUGGUUUUGUGGUGCGUGGUCUUGGUGCUCCAGGUCGUGCAGUGGAAGUCUGAAGCCACCCCAUACCGGCCUCUGGAGAGGGGGGACCCUGUGUGGAGCUCUGAGACAGAUGCUCUUGUUGGGUCACGCCUUUCCCAUUCCUGAAGACUAACCAAAGAGUACUCCUGCCGCCAGACUCCAUGCCCAAGUGCCUGCAGUCCUCUUGCCCCCACAUGGCCCACACGGCUGGGAGCCUGAGUUUUCCCUCCAGGAGGGAAACAUGAUUAACAGACCCCCCUCUUCCUACAGCUGUUUUUGUACCAAAGUAUUAUAUUACUUUCUUUCUUCA